CUAGACUGCAUAUAAAAUAGUUGCCUUUCAGUUUCGUUUCUUAAGAUAUGGUAGAUCGAAACAGAGCAGAGGUUGUGCACUAGUUAACAUACGACAGCGGCGACUGAAGCAAAUGCACCCUCUACAGCAGUCUACUAAAGAGAGAGUGACCUCCAGCAGAAGUUGUCAGCAAGUGGUCCCAGUACAGAGACAGAAGCUCAUACUUGUUGGUGGAUUGCCUUGUUCAUAUAAGACUUCAGAAGCAGUAAGAGUCAUUAUGGCAAUGGCUGAAGAGGAACCCAUGGACACAAGUGAUUCAUCAACACCUCAAAAUGAGCUGUCAAAUGGAAGUACACUGUAUGAAUUAUUUGCUGAAGUGAUCUAUCCUAAAAGUGAUUGGCACUUAAACCAUGAAAAAUUUCUGCAUUCAACAAUCCAGACUGAACUUAACAAGCAGAAACUUGGCAACCUUUUAACAGCGGAUUUCCUUGGAAGGGACCAAACCAAUGCAAUAUUGAUAUUGGACACAAAUAAAGCCAUAAGCCAUCUUUUGGAAAAAGGGAAUAUAUCUGAUAAGAAUGGAGCUAUUAGAUUUUCAUUGACGCCACCACUAUCUGCAAGUUCCAGUUACCCCGUCCAGACUCGGGAUGGGCAGGGAGAAAAUGUUACAGUCUUUGUCCCACCAACCCAACAUUCUCUUGCUUUGGAGCAGUCUAUGUUUAUGAAUGAAAGAAAUCAACUUCCUGGUGUCAGUUCUACUCCUGGGCAUUCUGUUAAUGAAAAUAAAAGUACAGCAAUUGACCAAAGCAUUCAUACUGAAACAAGUGCUGUGGGACAAAGGCAGGAAGCAAAUGAAAGUGCAGAAGGAACAUCAGGAAUGCCUGUGGACAAGGACAAUGUCACACUGUCAGUUUUCCAUUAUAACUAUAUCUGCAAGGCCUUCAAAGAGAAGAUCAGAGCUAUAGAGCAUGACACAGGAGUCGAGAUAGAUGCACAGGUGUCCAUAUCCUUCAGACCAAAAGUACCAACAGAAAAGCAUGAGAACUUUGUGAGCGCAAAGGAACGCUUCUGUGACCUGUGUCAGUCCGUUAUUAAUGUUCUAGGCAGUAGAACUAUACCAUACUCUGAUCAUAUCAUGGAGCGUUUCAAUGCAAUGCCAAAUAACUCAAUGUUUGAACUUAUGGAGUUAGCAGAGGGCUAUCGGCUCAUAGGCCCAGAAUCAGACCUUGAUCAGUUUAUACAUGGUCUUACAGUAGUGGGGCCAGCAAGACAACAAAACUAUAAGAAAAUUGAAUUUUUCUGUGAAGAUUCAGAACUAUCAAAAGACAUAGAGAUGUGUAAAAUACACUGGGAUUUUCUAAAGUGUUUGUUUGGCAAACAGCUGCAGUCAUUAAAAACCAAGUUCGGAGUGAAUGUUGAUGAGCAAACUAACAGUGGAUCAAGCAGUUCAGUGAAGAUUGCCAUAGCGUCAUGCGAUGCCAGGUUGAACCUCCAAAGUCACGCCUGCCAAGCACUGUUAGAUCUUUAUCAGAAAGUGGCUGGCAGCCUGAUGCAGAGAUCUAUAAAGAACAAAAAGGACAUGGAGGAAGCAAAGUUGAUGUUUCAAGAAAUCCGUUCCAGUCAUCCCUAUGUUAAUGACUAUCAGGAGAAAGACCAAUGGAUACUUGUAGGUUUUAUAAAGCACUUGUACUGGACUGUGAAGGAGAUUGAGAAGAAAAUAGGGAGGAAGAUAUUUCAAGAUAUUAAGCUUUCCCCAGUUAGUUCUGCAUCAGGUCAAGCAUGCAAGGAGAAAAGUGAUGAUGAAGAACUGUGCUCCAUAUGCCUUGAUAACUUUACAAAAAAAGUUACACUAUCAUGUAAACAUGAGUUCUGUGGAGAUUGCUGGAAAAGAGCAAAGCAAGGUAAUCCAGUAUGUCCCAUCUGUAAAGCUGUGCAUGGAAAAAUAACGGGGGACCAGCCUGAUGGAAUCAUGACAUCUCAUACAAUACAUACAUCUCUACCUGGGUUCAGAUGUGGUACAAUACAAAUCAAUUAUGACAUUCCUCAUGGAAUACAGACGGAGAAGCACCCAAAUCCUGGCAAACCCUUUUUAGGUGCUUACAGGAAAGCUUAUCUGCCCGACAACAAAGAGGGCAGAGAAGUGCUUGCACUUCUCAAGAGGGCAUUUGAUCAAAAGCUUAUUUUUACCGUUGGAACUUCUCGAACAACAGGGACAGAAAAUAUGGUCACCUGGAAUGAUAUUCAUCACAAGACCAGUAUGAAUGGAGGACAAAGCUGCUAUGGAUACCCUGAUCCAGAAUACCUCAAGAGAGUGAGAAGCGAGCUCAAAGCUUUUGGGAUUGAAUGAACACCACGUAACGGCAUCAUGAAGCAGCAGUGGACACACUGCCACAACCAAUAGGCCUACCAAUGCAAGGACACUGUAGACUAGUCAAGUAUAUUGUGAAUUUAUGUCAGCCAUCAUAGUGACCACAGGCACCUACUGAGCAACCAAAUCAAUGAUCACAUUCAAAAUCUUAUCAUAUAAGUACUGUACACAAUUGUGGAUGUUACUUUCAUUUAAAAAUGUACUUCAAAUACAAUUGCUGAUGUGAGUUUGAGCAGUCUCCAGACAUAGCUGGUAAUGUUUGUUUUUUAUUAUUGUUUAUUUUGAAUAUAAUUUAGGAGGAGGGUCUUGAGUAUAUGUCAACUUCUGUAAUCUGUAAAUGUAUUUGAUUUGAUAUAAUGAUGUGCAAAUGAUGAGAAGCAAACAAGAAAACUCCAAAUUCAAUAUAAUCUCUGUACUUGAAUAGGCAGGGACAUGAAGGCCUACUGGUUAGCAUUGCUGCAUCAAUGUUGCUGUGCUGUUUCUGGUAAAAGAUGUUCUAAAACAGUGUGUGUGCAUACUGUAUGUGUAUCAUAUUAUUAUAUCAUGUAGAGAGAGUGUGAAUAUUGAUGUCAUUUCUUGCAUGCCUAAGAUUUAUCUAAUCAGAUACUCGAGAGUUGUUUUCUUUUAAAAUUUGGACCAACAACGGAGCUCACUUCCUCCUUUAUGUCCUUCAGUUGAUUCUUUCUUUGUCUGUCUGUCUCUCUCUAGACUGCCACUUUGCUCAGCCUUCAUUAUGUCCUCUUGACAUAAACUGGCACUGAAGGAUUAUGUUUUUGUUAGACUUUUGUCAUUUCAUCGGAAAUGUUCAGUUCUAAGCUUUGAUACCAGACAUAGUAGACCGGAUUUUCUGUUUCAGCUUGAUAAUUACUUAAUUUCUAGCGAGAAGAUUUAGAAAAACAAAUUUACUUUAAAUAUUGAUAUAUCGUGUUAUAAAAGUAUAGGGAGACAUGCCUCUACAAUAAAACAUAACUUUGAAAAGCUUGGGGCAUUUGACUGGCAUGCUGUGUAUUUUUGUAAUGUUAUUUAUUGUUUUUCAGCUCAUUGACAUCUGAUGGUCUGCUCUUAUUAGCUCACAGAGGCCUACUUAAGGCACUGACUGGUCUAUCUCCUGGGUGCCACUGUUCCCAGAAUCCUCUACUCUCAAGUCCAGUGAUGUCCUCUAUUAGUCUAAUCUUGUCACCGUUCACUGACAUUUUUGUUUAUUAGGAAAGUCUAAACUAGGCAGAGCACAGCAAUAUAUUUUAGUUUAGAGGUACUUUAUGGUAAUUAGCCACUUAAACUUCUUCCUUCAUCCAUCAGUCCCAAACAUUCAAAACCCAUGUUUUCCAUAAUAGUACAAGUAGUACAGUGGCUUGUUGUUAAUGAAAUGUCAGUCCAUUGCACAGCAACAGUCACUCACCACAGGGCAGCUUAGUCGUCAGUCCGUCUGUUUGGCUGGAGGUCACCUGCCCCUUUUAAGAACUUUACACGAGAAGCACUCCAAUUGGGCAUCAGACCAGGUUCUUGGAGUUGGGAGACAGCACUGCUGCUCCUGUGCCACCAUACCUUCCUUGUUUUUUUUAAAAAAAAAAAAAAUUGAUACAAGUGAUCGGACAUGCACAGUGAAGGAGCCACAUCUGCUAUUAGUGUCUAGACGCCACUGACUGAAUGAUGACAACUGUUCUACAGUGUAACAUUUAUGGUAGACAUGUUGUCUGUGCUUAACAUUGUGACCAUUAUGCAUUUGUGUUGUGUGUGUGUGUGUUGUGUGCACGUGUGCUGUACAGCUGAGCUGUUGUUUCUUUAACCUCUUUCCUUUUCAGCAUGGAAAUAACUUUUAGCCUUGUUUUUCUCCAAUACUUAUCUUGACCUGGGGUAUUGACUUUAGAUCU